AUGGCCGAACUCCAGGCAGAAGUGCGAAGGCUUGCCGAGCUUUCCACGCAGAAUAAUGCAGGAAAGCACGAGGAAGGUAGCUCUAAAAGCUCAGCCCUGGGAAACACAGAUCCUUUAAGCAUCACCUUGCUAAAGGAAAAGCUGACGCUAGACAACCCCUUCUCUGAAGAAAUUACCAACUUCAAAAUGCCGAAGAAUUUCGUGCCACCUAACUCCCUGGAACCAUAUAAGGGGAUUGGUGACCCCCGAGCUCACAUAAAAAAAUUCCAGUUUAUGAUGUUCUUUAACGGCCUAAUAAUGAACCUAUACUUUGCCGAUCUUUUUCCCACUUGCCUUGAUGGUGCUGCUUUACUUUGGUUCUCUAAAUUAUCUGUAGGUUCAAUUUCAUCCUUCGAGGACUUAGCAAGGUCUUUCAUCGACUAUUUCGCCGCCUCAAGGAUAUAUGUCCACGGAUCGGACUACCUCGGCACGAUCAAACAAGGACAACACGAAAGUCUUAAAGACUACUUAACCCGAUUUGCCGAGGCCACCAUGGAAAUCCUAGACUUGGACCCCAAAGUCCACCUACACGCACUUAAGACCGGCCUCAGACCUGGAAAAUUCAGAGAGACAAUUGCAAUUACCAAACCCAAGUCGUUGGAGGAAUUCCGGGAAAGGGCCGCAGGCCAGAUGGAGAUCGAGGAACUUCGGGAAGCCCAAAAAAUGGACAAACAGCCGACAAGAAGAGGGGAAGAGAAGAUAUUCAAACCGCUGAGCAAAAAAGAGCAAAAGAAACCCUUCAAGCUCACACCAAAGUUCGACACCUACACCAGAUUCAAUACAAAAAGGGAGAACAUAAUCAAGGAGAUCCUCAACGCCAAGAUAGUAAAACCCCCCCGCCCCCCGCUAGAGCAGGAAGUCAUCAAGAUAAACGAUUCAUGGACAGAAGCAAGCACUGUGCUUUCCACCAGAAGUACGGACACACAACAGACGAAUACGUAA